AUGUCUCCAACGGCCGUAUAUGCGCAUCCCCAGACAGUGUCCGUCGCUGCCUCACACAGCAGCAAGGGCCCUGCCCUCGUCAUCGGCUCGUUGUCCACUGCUCAGGAUGGCAGAUAUCAGGCUCUUGUCUCGGAGCUAGAGCCCACACGGAGGGUCGACAAGCAGCUCUUGGACAGACUGGUCGAUCAAGCGACCACUCUGGAGCCGGCGUCGUAUGCGUCGGUCCACGUCAGUCUGUCGCCGUCGGACUACGAGUCGCUGCAACCCAAGCUCUCGCCGCUUCUCGCACAGCUCCUGUCCGGUCUCACGCCCCUAGGCACCCUCCACCUCCUCAACCUCUCCUCCGUGUUCCAGACUCUCCCUUCAGAGCUCACCCUCGCAGGGUUCAACAUCCUCUCCUCGCUCCCAGACACCGGCACCCUCGUCGCACAGAAACCGGCCCAGAGCGGCGGAUCGCUGUCUCUGAAGAACCGGCCCGCCUCUGCUGUCCCUCUCAUGAAGCUCAAUCGAAAGGUCGAUCCCGCGAAGAAGCAGGCUCUGUGGGCCAUCACAUCGUCCCCGUCCACGCCCCUCGUUGAUGCCGAGGCGCUGCUCACACCAGCGGACAAGGCCCGCCCCGUACCUGUGUGUGAACCCGUGAAUGCCGCCGCCCCGCGCCGGAAGAAGGCGUGCAAAGGGUGCACCUGCGGCCUGGCGGAGCUCGAGGAAGAGGAGCGCAAAAAUAGCAAGGUCGUCAUUCUCGAUGGCUCCCAGGACGGUGUCGCCAGAGAGGUCGAUCAGAGUGAAAAGGAGCGCCUGAUCAAGGCGGCCAAUGCUGCCCCAAAGGCCACAAGCAGUUGCGGCAGCUGCUUUUUGGGAGACGCCUUCCGCUGCGCGAGCUGUCCAUACCUGGGUCUGCCCGCGUUCAAGCCAGGGGAAAAAGUCGAGAUCGACUUUGGCAUGGACGAUCUGUAA